AUGGGGAGGCGUGGGAAGCUGGAGGUCAAGAGGAUCGACGACGACGGUUUGCGGCAGGUGACCUUCUGCAAGCGGCGCGGCACGCUGCUAAAGAAGGCGUGUGAGCUCGCCGUGCUCUGCGACGACGACGUCAGCCUCGGCCUCGUCGUCUUCUCCAGCACCGGCAAGCUCGCCGGCGACUACUGCAGUCCUAAUACAAGCUGGAGUGAGCUCAUUCAGCGCUACGAGCGCGAGCGCGAGAGCACCAGCAGCACCCAACUCCAUCAACAGCAAGUGUUGGUGGGGGUGGCAAGGUUGAGGCAGGAGAUUGGCCAUCUCGAGGCCAGCCUGAGGAGGCAGACCGGGGAAGAUCUGCCAUCCGGCGUCGCCGAGCUCCACGAUCUUGAGCAGCAGGUCGAGUCGGCACUGGGAAAAGUUCGUCAAACAAAGGACGAGCUACUGAACCAACAGUUGGGCGAAUUACAUCGCAAGGUGCAAAACCUGGAAGACGAGAACAAUGCUCUGCUCCACAUGAACGCAGACAGGCAGGAUCGUGCUGCCGCCAGGGGCGGACCGAGACAAAAUUCUGACUGGGGGCGCAUCAUUUGA